AAAAAUCUCCGCCUAUGGAGAAAAGAACACUUCCGGCUCCGCUGUCAAUGGAGGUGUAACAUGUCUGCCUGCUUCACCUUGCGUUUCAAAAUGUUACACAGGGUCCUUAGGUGUGCCUUCCAGCUGCCCGGUCCGUCCGUUAUUCGGCUGCAGCCGAUGUGCGUCGCUGUCGGGGAACAGAAUCCACCAUGCGGGACACUGGAAACGACCAAGGAGUACAUGUUUGUUGAGCGGCUGAUCCCCCCGACCCGGGUCCCCGUCCCGCCCCGACACGACGGACCUGCUCCGUCCGGCUGGGCUCCUCCGUCUGACGUGCCUCCGUCUUUGCCUUACAUGGUCCGUCGGUCACGAAUGCACAACAUUCCCGUCUAUACGGACAUCACCCAUGGCAACCGCAGGACCACCGUGUUGCGCCGAGUGGAGGGGGACAUCUGGGCGCUGGACGGGGCCGUGAAGGAGCUCUUGAAGCGGCUCACAGGGACCGACCGCACAACGCAGGUCAACGAGGUGACCAUGAGCAUCCGGAUCAAAGGACACUACGACAAGGAGAUCAAGGAAUGGCUGAUGCAGAAGGGGUUCUAGGAUUGACUCAUUAAAAUAGUUAUCUUCAAGGUCAGGCUGAAGAUGAACAGUUCCAGGGGUCAACCUGGCCUUCUCCAGGGGUCCACCUGGCCGACCCGAGCCGCCGGACCAUGGGGGGCUUAAAGGGGCCCGAGUGCUGGACUAUGCCUACGUUUAGAUUGAUGUUGACUACUGCUGUAAUUUGUUUAUAUGAUAUAGUUUGCAUUGCUGUUCACAUCAAAUAAGCUUGCUUUCAUAACAUUAAAUUUAUAAAGCAGUCAUUUGAAACAUUUUUAAUUGGGAAGGGAGGGAAUGGUUGAUCCUGCUCAUUGUGUGAUCUCAUAAAGAUAAUAUUCUACCUGGGUGGAAAAUAACAGCAAAAAACUGGUUAAACCUCAUUUAAAUGCAGAAACUAAACGAAUUCUCUUCAUGGGUUAGGGGGAUGUCCGCCUCCAUCUAAGGCUUUUUUUCUAAGGCGUGAGAUUUCUGGGAUUUCACAACUUUAUCAUUUACCAUCCCUGAACCUACCAGCAAUGUCCGAGAUGUGUUCCUCAUCACUCCAUAGGACUUGUUGUGUUGGUGGCCUAAAUGUUUUAGAAUUACAUUUAGCAGACGCUUUUAUCCAAAGCGACAUAAAAUAAUUUGGCAGAAGAAGGUGAAAGAAUUAUUGUUGUCGGUUCAGUAAGGAUGUUCAUAGAACCAAGCAAGCCUUUAUAAAUGCUAGGUUAACCUAUUCCCCAUAUACAACAAGAUAUCAAGGAUACGAUGCUACACAAUGCGAAGUACUAUUUAUAAGUGCCAGGGCCUACAACACACAAUAAGUGUGUAAGAGGGGUGUGUUAAGGAGAGUAAGGGCGGAAGCUGUGCAGAGACCAGGGUGAACUUUGAACCAGCAAGCCUUGAGUCCAGGUGAACUCUGAACAGGUGGGUCUUGAAUCCCUUGUCUAUGGUCCAGUUGAACUCUGAACAGUUGAGUCUCUGGUGAGCGACUGCAGUCCUGACGUCCGCAGGGAUCUUGUUCAGUGUUCAACCGUAUACUGAAGGUAAACUGAAAGAAUGUCUUACAAAACCUUCCAGCCUUUAUAUUUGGUCUUCGGUGCACCCCCUUCAAAGCAGCCCCAUUUCAUAAGCCGGCCUUGUGCUUGGCUCUACUUUUAAAAGAACUGCUCGCCACACAUGCUUUUUCUUAUGUGGAACAGAACUAAAGUUGACAUAAAUAUGUUGAUAGACAAUCCAAGAUUAAAUGUGUAGGGGGUCUUGAAGGUAAAAAGAACCCUGUGCCGUUGGUUUCUCCUGAAAAACCAAUCUGGUGUCAAUAUGAUUAUCAAGAAAUGUCCUCCGGGUUGGAAAAAAUGUUUCAGGAAUGUAAUUCAACGUCAAUUUUUUCAAAGUCUCUCUCUUCCACAGCCCUACCAUCCACAUUGGAAAGGCCAAACGAAAACUAUUCUGGUUUUCCAAACUGGAUGGACGUGUUACAUUCAUGAGAAACGUUCUACUUCCAAUACGUUUUUCGAAAACAGCCAAAAAGUGAGUGUAGGUUUAACAUUCUUUUUAUUUGUUAACUGACGGUUUACCUUGUCUUAUAGUAGGCCAAUUUCUUUAAAGACAGUAUAUAAAACACAUGUAGCCUUAUAUAAUAACAAUAUUAAAAUACAAACUAAUGGGACUCAUGUUUAUGGGAAAUAGGUAUGGUAUGGACCAUCCAGGAAUAACGCAACGUAAGGAAUGCAAAUUAUAUACACAAGUUUAAUAUUGUUACAUGAAGGAAAAAGGUUCAAAAAGGUUAUUUCUCUUGCUGGGCAGAAGGCUGGGAAAGGAAGUCUUUGUACUGUCGGGUGAUUUUCUCCAGCUGGUCGGCUGAAAAACAAGUACAAUAUGCGAGAAAGAAAAUGAAAUGUUUGCAUGUCCAAGUAGGUCUUUUCAACCAGUCUAAAUGCAAGCGACUUGAUAACUUUUCAUAACUAAAUUCAGUGUCAAAAGAAAAAAUAAAUCAAGAAUAGUAAAAGGGAAGUAUUUUUGCACUUUGCUUUAGGCUGUUAAUCUCCUGUUUUUCCAAAUUAAUGAUUUAUUACAGAUUCAAACCGAACUGGCCAUUUGGCUGGCUAGGCAUAGAUGCCAUCAUUAAGUGACCCACUCUAACUAAUCUAUCUAUAACUAAGCAGUCCUACUAUGUGGUUCUAGAAGAGCUAAUAGGGGGAGACGGAACAGAUAUUUUUGUGUAUUUCUACAGGGGCCAACUGAUUGGAUUAGACUUUUUACAGACAAAGAGUUUGUUUUCACUGUAGGCCAAUAAUGGGGUACAGAUUCCCGCCUCCAGCAACAUGAUUGGUCGAUAUAAAUAUGAAGUGAAAGAAAGUGAA